AUGGGCGACCUAACAGAGAUCCUGCUUGGCUGCAGCGACUUCGGCCGGCUCUUGGAGAACUUCCUGCAGCCAACGGCCUCCUCAGGCUUUGUCGAUCUGGUCCAACAGGCGCAAAAGCUGGCCCAAGGCCUCGCAGAGUUUCAGCAUUGUCUUCAGGAGAAAGCCGCAGAGGGCAAAGGAGCAAGAAGGACAGACAAGACAACAGCUCUCCUUGAUCUACCCAGCACGCUGGAAGUGCAAGAGCUUCUGCGCCAGCUAGAUACGAUCAAUGGCACGAUUCGUGCUUUGGAUGAGAUGAUGGCCGCGGAGAGCAUUCCGCUGGCUGACUGUUUCAGCAUCGCCCAAAGUGCAAUGCUCUCUCCGGAGACGCGGCAAUGCGUCCAGCACCCUGGAGAGGUGGCCGAAGCGCUGGUGCCCACGCCUUCAACAUUGCCAGCCUGGGGUGCCUGUGGUGCUGGAAGAUUGGUGCAAAGCUCCAUACCACCCUUGGAGAGCCUAAGUCAAGCUCCUGGCGCCCUUGGUCUCGACCCCAUCGAGCCUCCGCCUGCGGCUCUCGCAGUGGCGGAUUCGCCCCAGGCAGCAGGUCGAUGGCUGAGCGGCUGA